AUGGUCAGGCACUCCAUCUCUCCUGUCUCCUCUCCAUCACCAGCCGCGGACAACCCCUUUGAAACACCUCCCUCCUCUCCAGGCCUUGUCUUUUACACGGCUCCAUCCACCCCCAUAGCUUCGCCGCAGACCGAAGCUGUACCCUCACCCUCAGUCCCACGAGAUGCGGGUAUCUACAUCCACCCACCACCCCUGGCAGCCGAAUCACAACCUCCAGCAUCCGCUCAGCACCCCUCACCACCACCUGCUGAGCUAGAAACCAUACCUUCUCCAGAGCUACUUGCUACGCCCGAGUUCGCAUUAGACUUCACUUUUGAAGACGAAGGGCUAAAUACUCUCGAGAAAAUAUACCUAUUUUCACGUAGCAGAGCUACCCAUCACAGGGUAUUCAUCUCCCAUGCACUGCCCAACUUCCUCAUGCAAAUCACCCCGCUGGAGGCUGUGGAAUAUGUAUUACCCCUGUUGCCCAACUUGGCUAUGGACGAAGAAGAGGCCGUCAAGGAGGCUCUAGCAGCAGAGUUACCGGACAUCAUAUGGUACUAUCUCACACACUGUAGACUUGUUGACACUGCCGUCGACGAGGAGCAGCAGUUGUUAGAGGUGGCUGACGACGUCACUGUCAUAUCGGUCCAGUCCUUCACACCCAUCCUGGGAACUUUGCUUCUAAGCCCCAACAGUAUGGUUAGCGGCCCGGCAAGGCAUGCGGUAGUGUUGCUAUUAAGCCGGGCCCAUGAAAUUGACGUUGAACAUUGCGGGGACUUCACAGCUUAUGAGAGGAAGAUCUUUGAACGGGAAAUUCUGCACCAGGUCGUGAUCGGGAUGGGUAAACUUGAUGGAGCUGUUGACGAACGGGACGACGAGCUCUCGAGCGGAUCUAUUCAGGAGAAUCAGGGCGUCCACACUGCCCGACGGUCUUCUUUCAGUGCGAACAAAGCUGCAUCUUUGGGGAACAUAAAUCCUUACUUUCCUGUGGUUCCACCAGCUGAACAAGAGCAAAACGUCAAGAACUCAAACGAGAUAGUAAACCUUCCAAGUCCUCCUUUGGCCGCACCUUCAAUAAAACCUGGCAACAACUCUGUACAAACUGCGCAAAGUCCCCCCGGUGAUGAUCUGUACACUGAAGACCGGGCUCUUGGUGAAAAGAAGCCUUUGUCUCCAUCAUCCGAGUUGGCCAAUUACAACAAUUAUUUCAACGGCGAUAACGAAGAACAAGCCGCUAUUGGGCGGUUGUCGAGCAUGAGUCUCAUUGCUGCCGUAGCAGCUGGGAGUUCUCUGGAUGAGGAUAUCAAGGGCAUUUUCGUUAAGGAAGUUGCCAGAGUCUCUCAAGAUCCCGUAUUUUGGGUUCGUCGGGAGGCAUCUUUCGCUCUGGGUGCUUUGGCCAAGGUUGUACCCCAAGAAAUAGUUAUCUGCUCUUUGAUACCUCUGUUUGAGUCCCUUCGGGCUGAUCCUAUAUGGCACGUUCGACAUUCUUCCAUGUUCGCAUUGCCCGCUCUCCUGUCACGAUUGUCCCCAGCUGCUCGGCGCAGUUUAGCGCUGAACACCAUUAUACCACUAGCACGCGAUGAAUCUUCCUCCGUGCGUACCGGUGUUCUCGAAGCCUUGGGCGAGAUCGUCUAUACUUUUCACGAGGAUGAGGAUGGACCCCCAGAGGACCUUCUUAGGCUAUUUCUCGGUCGAGAAGAAGACAAACGUGCUCACGAUAAACGUCGGUCAACCCAUGGUUCUCCUAAGUCGCCUCUUGAUCUAUUCUAUGAGGAUCCUGCGCGUCCUCUAGCAUGCGCUUUCAAUUAUCCUGCUGUGGCGUUGUCUCUUGGACGGACUCGUUGGGAUGAAUUACGCCCACUAUAUGUUGCCCUUUCUCAAAAUCGCUCACCCAAGGUCCGCCGCACUCUGGCAGCCAGCCUGGGAGACCUCGCCAACAUAAUAGGGCCGGACAGUGCCCGCAGGGAUCUCAAGGGUGUCUGGCUCGAUGCCAUGCGGUGUGAAGAAGAGGGUGAUAUCCGCAUGAAGGCCAUUGAAUGUUUGGCAUCAUUGUUGGAUUCCCUGGACCCAGAAGGGCAGGACGAGAUAUAUACAGGACUUGAAAUUAUCUGGAGUGAAGGAUGGCUGCGCAAUUGGAGAGAAAGGGACGGUAUCAUUCGCGCGCUUCUGAAGACCAAUAGUCCUCCGAAGAAGUUUGAGCAUGUUCAUCGACUGAUAAGGAUUGCGUUACAAGACGAUUUUGGUGGUGUGCGGGAUGCGGCCAUUGAUACAAUUGCGGCAUUUUGGGACCGCCGCAAGACUUGUGGUCAGCUCUUUGACAAGUUAGCAGCAGAUAUAUCGGAGUUAUCCUUAUCUGAGCAUCAUAAGAAACGGAUGACCUUUCUCAAAUGCAUCCAAACCAUCCUUGCAAAGUGCGAAGAUAGCACCCUUGAAUUGAACAACUGUUUUAGUCUUUCCGAUGCACUAGGGCGACUUGCCACUGAUGGUACUGAAGGUGUACGCAUUGGCGUAGCGCGGAUAAUAGCUGUUCUAUACGACCGCUCGCAGCAGGAGUUGAAUCCUAUCACUGCUCAGCUGCGGGAAACGAUGACAAGGCUCUCCAAGGAUGCUUGCCAAGACGUUCGUUCAUUCAUGCCCUCACUGACAAGUGCAGGUACCCCGUUGCAACUGAAGAGUAGGAACGAAGCUCGCACUCACGAGUUCAACAUAUUCUCCAGGCCUCCUACUCUUCAUUACCGUAUUGAAGAGGCCCAGGAGUCAUGA